AUGGUAUCAAGCGAGCGAUGUCAAUUUGACAUCUUUAUCACCCACUUCGGGCGCCAGCGGGACACGGCUCCAAAAUAUCGCAACCAGAAUCAUAUAGACAGUAAUACAUUUGGCUUCUGUGCAGCGGCACGCAAAUGUAGUGUAGUGUAUCCCGUUUACGUUGGUUAUAUUAAGUUACCCUUUAGUGUCAUUGAUUCAUCAGAUUUGCCAUUGCAGUGCCUCUGUCCGAUGCCAGUGUUUCACGAAAAAAGCUCAUGCGUUAGUCUAUCACCGGCAAGAGAAGGACAGAGAGUGCCCCUGUUUGAACAAACAAAAAACACAGACACACACAGACACACACCCCCACAUACAUCAUCAUCAUCAUCAUCAUCAUCAUCAUCAUCAUCAUCAUCUAUCAUGACUGUCCUCUCCACUGCCAUCGUCAAGUAA